AUGAACACGGGCAACGGAACAUACAGGGUAUCUUCGCAAUCACGGUCGAAAUUGAACGCUUUUCGGUAUAACCAUCAAAAUGGACCAACCCCAGACAAGACCCCUCAGAAGACUUCCUUAGCACCUGGCCAUGCGAACAAGGAGAACCAGACAUCUUGGUUGAACGGAGUGAUGGAAACCGAACAAUCGAAGGCAAAUAAUCAAAAUCAAACAACGGAGCCAGCAGAACCAAAGGCAUCGAAGGAAUGCCCUCACACACCAGGAAAUAGAAUCCCUCUUGCGGACCUUAUCAACAAUGCAGAGGAUGCUUUCAUCCAUGCUCCUAUGCCGGAAUUCACCCCAGAAGAUUACGUUGUCUGGCAGCAUGUGCCUGCAAGCUCAAAUCCUGAUAGGAUGUCUCAGACGCCUGCAACACAGGGUAAAAAGCGCCGCCACAGCUCAUCCCCGACUAGUUCUCCUCUGGCAGGGACUUCGAAAAGCAGGCGCAAAGGAUCAAUUGAUUUGCAGAAUUCUCAGACACUCAUAAAGACUCCGCAGCAUGACCUCGCUGCUGACCUGUGGAACAGCUAUGUGAGCAAAACACUUGCCAAUAGCAAUGGUGAGCAACUUCGGCCACGCUUCACAAAUCUCCUCUCUUCUUCACCGCAAACACCAGCGUCAGUGCGCACCAGUCGAGAUUCUUCAGGUCUUAGACGAUCAAAUAGCUGUAUGGCAGAAUGGCCAAGUUCGAAGACCAAGCGAAGAAGGAUCGACAAGGAAAACUUUGGUGCAGGACGAAGCAUUUUCUCAAGAACGAGAAGUAAUGUUGUCAACCCUGGAAACUACCAAGGCCCCAAUAUCAGUUCUCUCGUGGAGGAAAUCGAAAAGACUUUGAAAAAGGCACCUGGGCCGCUACCGGACACAACUGACUCGUCUCCUGUCCCAGCACGUAACCAAGACAGGCGUGGCAGAUCAAAAUCUCCGACCGAGGAUAGAAAGAGCCAAGUACAAGCCUCGAAGAUAACCAGCCAAGUGCACGAACCCAGGAUUAUUCAUGCUGCCCCCGAAGACAGGAAACCGUUGGAAGAGUCCUCAUCAGAUUAUGGGGACGAUGAAUUUGACCAGGACUUCUUCGAUCUUGCAGAAGCCUCGAUGGAUCCAUUUGUGGAUGCCGGCUCCUCUCACCUUAAUGACAAGGCUCUGAGUGGUCAACCUGUGAACAACAAGGCUUCAACAGAGGCCCGCGCUUUGACUGAGGAAUGGACAGAGACUGAUGCGGUGACUAUGGAAAUUAAUGUGGAAAAACCGACUAAUGAUGUUGAUACCCUUGAUGCUGAUGAAUUUGACGAUGAUUUUGAUGGGUUGUCGGACAGUAUGGGGGAUCUUCUCGCUCAAUGCGAAAAGUCGCAGAGCACUGAUAUGGCAAAGCCCGUUUCUACGAGGCCAGCAGCUUUCAGACAAUCAAUUCCAGAAGUCAAAUCCGGGGAUUAUCUUGGCGCGACGUCUGAAGCGUUCAUUCAGAAGAAGGGAGAACAAGAUGCGUCUUUUGGUGAUGAAUUUGACGAUGAUGGCUUGGAUAUUGAGGCCAUCGAACAAUCCAUGAACGUCAGAAGCCGACAAGCCAUCAAGCGCUACCUUAUUGUUGAUAUUGCGGAGUCUGCGUAUAAGACCAUCAAAGGGCGCGUUCAGCCAGAACAGGUCUGUCACCAUAAAACCUAA